GAAGAAGACGUAGGACCGGUGUAGGUCAUGCUGCUUCAGACAUGUCGGUGUUUUUCCCCACUGUGCUGCUCUGUGUCUACGGCUUCUUUACCAGCCUGCGGCCGUGCGAGCCCUUCCUCACCCCCUACCUGAUGGGACCAGACAAGAACCUGACGGAGACUCAGGUUGUCAAUGAAAUCUUUCCAGUAUGGACGUAUUCCUAUCUGUUCCUGCUGUUCCCCAUCUUCCUGGCCACUGACUUCCUCUGUUAUAAGCCGGUGUUGGUGCUCCAGGCCAGCAGCUUAGUGGUCACCUAUGUCAUGCUGUGGAAGGCACAGGGCAUGCUGGCCAUGCAGCUGCUGGAGUUUUUCUUCGGUCUGUCCACAGCUUCAGAGGUGGCCUACUAUUCCUACAUCUACAGCGUGGUGGAGCCGGAGCACUACCAGAGAGUGACUGCUUACUGCCGCAGCGUGACUUUGUUGGGAUCAGCGGCUGGAUCUUUGACCGGUCAGUUGCUGGUAUCCAAGGCCGAAGUUGACAAGGUCUACCUUGUCAUCAUUACGCUGGCGUCAGCCUCCGUGGCUUUUCUGGUGCCUUGCUUUCUCCCCAUGCCCAAGAGGAGCUUGUUCUUCCACGGGCAUGCAGGAGCAGAGGAGGCUAGGCCCCGCAGCAGCAGCUGCAGCAGUAGCAGCAGCAGAACCGCCACGAGGAUGGAGAAGGCGGAGGAUUCGGAGAGCAGGGUGCCGCUGAACAGGCCGGACAUCUCCAGGGCAUCCAGGUCCUCGGAGGCAGGAAGUGGCAGCAGGGGGCUCGUGGCGGUCCUGCGGAUGCUGUUUGAUGACUUUGUGCAGAGCUACAGGUGUCGCACCCUGCUGGCCUGGUCACUGUGGUGGGCUCUGGCCACCUGUGGCUACUUCCAGAUCAUCAACUAUUCUCAGCCGCUGUGGGAGCGCAUUCUUCCAUCCGAGGAAAACGUCAUCUACAACGGCUAUGUAGAGACCCUGUCCACGCUACUCGGGGCUCUGGCAGUGCUGCUGGUGGGCUGCCUGCCUGUGACCUGGGCUCUGUGGGGGGAGUUGGCUCUGUGUGUGCUCUCCUUGCUCAUGGCUGUGUGUGUGUUUGUCAUGAACAUGGAAAACAUCUGGCUGUCAUACAGCUUCUACAUUCUCUUUAGAACCACUUACAUGCUGCUCAUCACUGUGGCCACGUAUCAGGUUGCGGCCAGCCUGAACAUGCAGCGGUAUGCGCUGGUGUUUGGAGUGAACACUUUUGUGGCUCUGCUGCUGCAGUCUCUGCUCACACUGGUGGUGGUGGACUCCUCUGUCCUGGGCCUUAAAGUCUUCACUCAGUUCCUCAUCUACGGUGCCUACUUUGCUGUCAUUUCUGUGAUCUUCCUCUUUGCUGGGCUUUAUAAACUGGCCUCCAGGCGGCACUCUGAGCAGAAGGCUCUGCCCGGCAGCCGAGCGCAAUCGGAGACGGACUCUCCACCGAUCGGUGGCACAGACUCCAGGACAUACCACAGCGAUUAGAGUCUCGCACGCAGGGGUGUGGAUCCACAGGCUGAGCUCAGUAAUGUCCACUCACUUUCUGUAUGUGCCAGAGUAGACUGUAAGUAGAAGGUAGAUGUUAGACUGCCAGCACUCACCUCGCACAAUGACUUUUUAGUGAAGAGCUCUGACAAGCAGACACACAGCUGAUGAGGUGUGAAAUAUCUAUACGAGCAUAUCGAAAUAGGUGCAUUUAUACCUGUGAGAUACGUUCUUCUUUGGUGGGUUGACCAUCAAAGAAGUUAGCCAUGUUAGGCAGUCUGGCUUUAAUAGACCAUCUUUGCUGAUGUUUGUUUGUUCCUAUAAAUGUACAAUACGCACACAGGCUGCGCCUUAGACUUGGUAUAAACUUGAUAAAUCUGCUGAAAAAUCAGUAGCAAUGGUACGUUAUUAGCCCUUCUACCUCUGUGCUGCAGAGCAAGUAUUAAAUAUGUUUGUGUUUCUUCUGGCAACUGCACACGUCACUGACAUGUCCACACAGUGCAACUAAACUAUCAUCAGAAUCAAUGAACGUGUUCAGCUGCAUACUCAGAUCUGAGGGAUGUUAGGAAGCCUGUGAAAAGGUCAGAAACUGCUGAUUUUGUUGACGAGUCAAAGACAAGUCCCACAGUGUCUCCCUGUCUGUGGCUCUGAGGUCUGAGCUUGAUUGGUUGGCACAAAUUUCUAACAAAUCAAAUUUGAGAAUUUUUAUAAUGUGUGUGUGUGUGUUCCUGUCUAGCUAUCUUUGUGAGGACCAAAAUCUGCAUCCUACUAUACUUGUGAGAACCAACAGUCACUUGUGAGGACACACUCACCGGUCCUCACAAGUUUAAAGUCCUUUUUGAGGCUCAAAACGUGGUUUUAGUGUCGGGGUUACAAUUAGGUUAUGGUUAGGUAUAGAGUAAGGGUCAGGGUUAGGCAUUAAUUUUUAAUGGUUAGGGUAAGGGGCUAGGGAAAGCAUUAUGUCAAUGAAGGUCCUCAUUAAGAUAGGUGAACCGGCGUGUGUGUGUGUGGAUGUCUUUGUGGAAGUUUACUAUACUUGUGGGAACCAACAGCCCUUAUAGGGACCAAAAUCCCCACAAGUUUGAGGUGUGGUUUUAGUGUCAGUGUUACAGUUCGGUUAUGGUUAGGUAUUUAGGAGUUAUGACUCAGUUUGUUUUUCCUUAAAAUUUAGGCGUAACGUCCUAGGGAUCGGCUGCAGCAUCCUGAUUCCCAUCGGUUCUUCUUCCUCCUUCUGUUAACAUGCUCCUCUUCUUCUUCUUCAUUUCUUAUGAAUGCCAUUCUUAUAUAUUGCUGAUAUUUUCCAUCACCCCCAUUUUUUCAUAUAAGACCUGCUAUGGUCUCUAAUCAAAGUAUGGUACAAUAAACAGUCAAAUCUCACCCGCUUAUAUUCUACCUUUAUUUUUCUAUUUUCUCCUCAAAAGUCAGGUCUCCCAACACCACUCUGGAGGGGAUUCAGCCUCCAGAGGAUCAUUUUUAUAGUUUUAAUUUGACUGUUUCAUAUCAGUAUACAAUUUUAAGACCAUGCAACUAGUAAAUCACCAGAAAUUACAACAUACAAUUAUUAUUAUUAUUAUUAUUAUUUGUCAGUCCCAUGCUGCCAUGCAGUUUCCGUGGAGAAAGCCUGUGUUUACUUUCUAUCACUUAUCCUAACCUUUAACCAUUAUUAUUAUUAUUAUUUUUUUUUUUUUGGUGACAUUCAGCAAGUCUGUUCAGGGCUCUCUUAGUGUUUAUUUUCAGUCUCACAUGGAGCACUUUGGGUAAUGUUUUUCUCAUAGGCCUUCAGUCCAUUUUGCUUUUGAAGCUUUCUUUCUUUUUUGUUUCACACUCUUACUUUGGUUCCAUGGGAUGUAUGGUUAAUAAUCUCCCCAACAUCAUCCUGUAGAUGUAACCUAUACCUGUAUUUGAAUCAAAACAAAGAUUGAAAACAAACAGAGCUCUUGGAGUAUCACAGCAGGUCGUUCACCCCCUCUCCCUUUGGGUCCUGAUGGAUUCAUAAUAUCACAUAUUCAUUAUAUUUUCAGACUUUACAAUACCUUAGGCAACCAAACAAGAGACAACUACAAAGAACCACACUCAACCCAUAUACGAUGUCCUCUAAACCAAGGAGAGAAGGAUGUCCAGUCCACAUCUCACACGGGUACAUUAAGGCCUAACGGAACAUAAGUAUUCAAUCUCUCUAUCCACCCCCUCUCCAUCCUUUUCCACUGACCGACCGACCAACCAGGAUUCGCCUGCAAUCCCAUGAUUACCAAUGCCCCCUCUGUAUGCUCCUUAAAAUGAGUGGCCGCUAAAAUACGCGGUCCAUCCGGACAGCAUACAGGUGCUGUUGCAGACGCACUCUCAAGCGGGCCCAGUCUCCCCCACAUACAUCAACCCACACUUGUUACACUGAAUAGCAUACAGCACAUUUUGCACCUCCAGGGAAAACCUCCCCAUAAUCACCCAUGCAGCUCCACUAUGUGGGUCACUAAGAACUGAAACAGUGUUUCAGGUGGUUGAUUUUCCCUCUUACUAAAAGGUCACAUAAGCGUUGAUUUUUUCCUCAGGGGUCUAAUCACUGGCGCUUGAUGAAACGCAUUUCCUUUCACCAAAGGGUCUAUGAAUUCCACUAAGGAAUGCCGUAUACUUAUGGAAGGUGCUAACAAAACGCAAGAGCAUCUCCCGUUCCCUCAUUCCCUCAGUGAUGUUCUGAUUACAAAGAGACCAGAGCCCAGUGUCCGUCUGCAGAGCACCUUCUUGUUUCCCUGCGCUACCCUUCUUCUUCGUCGUCGUCGUCUUCGAUCCCUAGCUGGUGUUAGGCCUGGAUCGACUCCUAAGCCCAUACACUGCUGUGGGUGCCAAUGAUUGUCGAAUUUCCUUCACAACUUGUUUCCAUGCAUUGCGAUCGUUGGCGAUUGUCCUGGCCUCAUCGAGCUUUAUUCUGCGAUCUCUGAUGUCAUCUUCGACCUUCGACAAUAUGGCAGCUGCCUCCCUGCUAUAUAUUCUAUAGAACCUCAAUAUCUGAGAUUUUACUAUUCCCUGAAAUGUGUGUGGCGGAUGAUGGUUUAAUUUGUGUAGGAGCGCAUGCGUAUCCGUGGGUUUAAAAUGUACUCUAGUCCACAACCUCUUACAAUCCUUUUCAUUUUCAAAAUAGACCGUAGUGUCUAGGAAGUUUAUUUCCGACUCGCCGUCUUCCUGUUCGAGCUUUAUAGACUGACGGUGUGUGUUCAAAAUGUCUACAAAUUGUUUAAACGUGGCCUCACCAUGCAACCAUGCACCUACGAUGUCAUCUAAAAACCGAAAAUAAAAGGCCGGUUGUAGUGGGCAUUUGGUCAGCGCCUCCCACUCGCUCAUAUAGAUGUUAGCAUCAGAUGGUGCAUAUCUUUGGUCCAGGGCUGGUCAAUCUGUAAAUAAUACUUAUCGUCAACCUGAAAGUUGUUAUUAGUAAGGCAGAUCUCCCGAAGUUGGAGGAUUUCUGCAUCAGGACGCACAGCGUUCGGGUAACGCCGAAAGAUGUUCUUCACGACUCUCAACCGCAUCUGUGUGUUUACGUUAGUGUACAAGCUAUCGAUAUCUAUUGUAAAUACGAACAUGCUAUCAGGCACUGCUAUGGAGUGAAUCAUUUGCAGAAAAUAGUACGUGUCCUUUAAGUAACUAGAGUGAGAGAGGCCCAUAAAAUGAGUCCAUAUACUGGGGAAUAUUGUACGUUGCGCCACUACAAUCGGAGACUAUCCGCCUCCCAGGUGGGACCUCAGACUGCACCGUCCACGUAUCGGGGUGCUUAUGAAUUUUCGGCAACAUAUAGAAUUGACGGGGGUGGGGAUCGUCGGACUCUAGCAAAUAAUUGUGCUCGCAGAGAUGUAUUUCUUGUUGUGUAAUGAAUGGACAAUCUUCCUGUUUUCCAACUGCACCUCAGAUUGGAUCGAAUUUGGGAUGCGUUUGUAAUAUUUUUUUAUUUCCCCAAUUGCCUUUGAGCUUCCAACCUGUAGUGCUGCUUAUCCAUAAUUACGAUUUUAGAGCCCUUAUCCGCCGGCUUAAUCGCGAUCUGCUUGUUACCCCUCAAUCCCCUAAGUGCAUGUUCUUCCUCCACCGUAAGGCUGCUCUCCCUUCCCACCAGCGGCCGAAACGAGUGAAAAACACGAAUGUCUCUCUUUAAUAAACCCUUAAGCAGGUCACUCAGCGCUUCCCACUCCGGCUCCCAAACCGAUGGUAAGACAAGGGGCUCCCUGCGAAAGUCAUCGUCUUCAAAGUAGUCUCGUAAUUUCAAGCGUCUAUGAUACCAGUGUAAAGGGUUAGGUUAUGCAGCUAGGAAAAGCAUUAUGUCAAUGGGAUGUCCCCACGAGGAUAGCAAACCGUGCGUGUGCGUGUUCUGACGAGCAGACUGUGAGAUGGAGAAAACUAAAUGUUCAGUCCAGAGCAGCUGAUCGAUUAGUUCACCCUGAGUGCAGCUUGUAUAUGUAAUUGAGCAGAGAGUAGUGUCAUAGCAGGAGAAGAGUUCAGCAGAGACUGGAGGGAAACAUUUGAACCCAGCAGAUCAGAUGUUUCAUUGUCAGUCUGCUUCACAUUUAAACCAAACACAUGUAUUGAAAACUUUAAAAAAUGAGUAUAUUUCACUAUCAUCCAUCAGCAUUUAUUUUGUAUCAGUGUGACUGAUUAUACCAGACGUGUGCGUGUGUGUGCCUUCAUACAGAUGAUUGACACGAGAUGUUUGAGUGCAGAGGAGCUGGCCGACCUGAUGGCUGCCUUUUUACCCACUGAAUGAAAUCGUCACACAGACUAUAGAUUUCCACCAGCCCAGGCUUUGAAACACAUUCCUGCUGCUUUGGAUCUGAGAGUUAUUGACAGGAAAGAAGAGUGGCCACCAACAGCAGAAAACUUUGUCUAAAUGUGGCCACCAAAUUGUGUUGCAUCAACCAAAAUGAAUCGUGAGCAAAUCAAUACGUAAGCCAUAAAUGCCCGGGUGACACACUGUUCUUCCAAGGCUGUCUGUAGCAGCUGUGAGCGGAUACAGCAAGCAAACGAGCACACUGCUGCUUCUACAGGCAGCUGUAUGCUGUAACUCAAGCUCACACAUUAAAUUAGUAAUUCAUUUCACUGCUUUGAGUGGGGGUGGGGGUUUGGGGGAGGAAGAAGACUUGUAAAUGUGGAUGUAAAUUAUAAAAGAUUUAUUUAUUUAUUUUUUGUUAACUAUGAAAUAAUUUGAAACAUUGCAGUUACUCUAUCAUGCAGACGAGUAGAGAACACGUCUACAUUUCAGACGACUGCAAACCAGAGGAGCCAAUCAGAGUGAUUUGAUACAUUUGUCUGGAUGACCCGUGCCUUUUUCCUGUGACGGUUUCUAACUUUCCCGUGGAGACGGUCAGUGUUACAGAGGAUGGAGAUCCUCCAACAUCUGACAUGAAGUGAUCAGUGUGCACUCAACGAUUCAUGAAUGUGUUUAUUUGACUACAUGUGUUGUGUAUGCGUUCACCUGCCUAAACUGAAGGUGUCCGACUCGACUGCUUCUCCCCCACAAAGACACGUGGGAUUCUUAGCUGGUCUAUGCAAUAACAAACAUCUUUUGUAAGUGUAUUCCUUUUAUUGGUGUUUUUCUGAUUCAUGUUCAGCUUAAAAUAAACUUUAACUGUACUGUUA